UAAUAUUUAAUAGCCUGGAAGUGGUUUCUCUGAGCCACUUGUUGUGUUCCUGAGAUCGAGAGGCUAUGGCUGUGCAGUUCACAGAAGAUGCAGGUCAGUACCUGCUGUGUAUAGGCGACACAGUCUUGCUGUACGCUAAGGAAGCGCGAGGCUAUGUCUACUCCCAGCUGACAAGUGAUCGUCACAACUCAGUGGCCCUGGGUCGUGUGGACUCCAUGAGAGAUCCUAAUCUCCCCAACAUUCAUUUUGCAACGUUCACUGUGGUCAGAGCUAACAAGUACAAAGCUCAGGAUAGAUUCACCUCCUACCAGAGCUCCCUCAAAGGUAGAGAGCCUACUACAGAUGAGAAGAGCAAGCUACAGCAAUAUGAGAGAGAGUUGGCUUUUGAGGUGAAAGAGAAUGGAACGGAACAAGAGCGACUCAGUGGAUCUAACAUUGUGUAUGGGGACAAGGUUCAGCUCCUACACACCCUCACCAAGAAGUACCUCACUGUCAACACUACCAAAAUCUCGAGGACAGAAAACACAAACUUACGAAUGGAGCUAACUGGACACAAUGCUCAUGGAUGUAUCUUCAAGAUCCUGCCCCGCUACAAGGUUCGCUCGGUGGGGGACGAGGUCCGCUACAAUGAUCAGGUCAAGUUUGAGAGUGUGAAAACAGAGGGUCAGUUUCUGCAUUGCUCUGCCACUGAGUACGGGUCAAGGUUCACCGUACUGGAGUCAAGUCGUGAGCUGAAUCUGUCUGCUACUGAAUCAGCGUUCACUUUGAUCUCCCAGUACAGACCCUCCCCAGACAACCCCCCACAGUCAUUCAGGGGUGGAGAGGUGGUGAGACUGUUCCACAGGGAGUACGAGUGCUACUUAUCAGCGGAGGGAUCAUUUGCUGAGGACAGACGAGUUAUAGAGGAUGUGCACUGCCGGAAGCGUCACAGUGACAGAGGGCGGCUGAAAGAUCCCUCAACAUCAGCUAAUGUUUAUUGGCAGUUUGAGAAAGAGUUUGACCCUCGCAGUGGAGAGCCACUGUCUUGGGGUGAGCGGUGUCGUAUCAAGCAUCUCCCCACACGCCUCUACCUCUCAGUCACCCCCAACCCUGACGGAGGAUACUCAACUUGUCUGAAGGAGCGUGUGCCAGCCCACACCAUUACCCACACCAGUGGACAAGAUGACCUGGACACCAUGUUCUCACUCUCUCCUGUCAUUAGAGAGGGGGACACUAUUCUAACAGAGUCUUAUGCUCGUAUCAAGCAUCUUCAGACAAGCACUUGGCUGCAUCUAGAGAAAGGCACACCAUAUGUAAGGAGGUCCUUCAAUCCCAAUGCCCCUGGUCUGGAGGGACUGGAGUGGGACAGUGCUGAGCUGCUCAAGCUCACAGCCACGGAGACGAUGAACUAUGAUGAUGCCUUCACACUGGAGGGUGUGGCUGAAGACCUUGUGGACAAGUUCAACCAUGUGGCUGGAAUAGUGGCUGUACUCACUACACACAUACACAAGUAUGAUGUCACACCUCGUCCUGUGCUCGACUCACGAGGUGCUUAUCUUGUGGAGAGCGCCCUCGCUGACUUGGCUCGUUACCUUGACAACCCGUCACCAAGGGAGACCAAGAACAGGCAAAAGCUGCUACGAAACCUUCGAGUGCUGGAGCUGGUCAUAAAGAUCCUUGGAUUCUUCUCUCCUGAAGAUUCUGAUGCAGAGGCGCAGCGGACAGUGUGCAAAGGAUGCUACAAUGUCAUCAAGAGCUAUCUGGAUGGAGACUCGAGGAAAAAUGAGAACUACCUUGCCAGAUUCAUACCGUUCUUCAAGAAACAGGUCAACAUGGGCCUGAAUGCAGAGGAGGUCAUGAUUGAAAUGGUGGAGGAUAAUGCGGCUAUAGUGUCCAGAGUAGCGGCAUCAGAGCUCGACUACAUGAUAGACCAACUCAUAUCAAAGAAGGACCCUCGGUUCAUGGAGUUCCUUGGCAACUUGUGUGUGUGUGCCGGGAGACCUAUACCAGCCACUCAGAGGGUCAUACUGGAUAACCUGGUAGUGGCGUACGGAAGAGAGGUCUUCUAUAGACUGGAAGUGGGCGUGUCCAGUGAACGACCAGAUGCCACGCCCACUGGGAUAUAUCUCCAAGUACCAGGUCAAAAAGAAUGGAGCGACCUCACACUAGUGGCCGGCAAGGUGGGAGAGCCAACGGACGAAUGUGAACUACUUGAGAGUCAACUCAGUCUGUUUGCAAGGCUCUGCAAGGGGAACAAUGCCCACGCCAUUCGCUCACUGGGAGAAGACGAACUAGGGUGGAUGAACUUUGACCUUGUUCUCAACUGUGCUAGAAAUGACGAUCUCCGACCUAGUCUGAGAUCAAAGUUUGUUGAGCUCAUGAUAGUGUUGUACGUGGACAUUGGUAACAACAGGAAUGUCCUUGAGAACCUCUCCCUCUCUUUCGUGUACGAGAGCAUUGUGGAGGAUCCUUAUAAGGACACGGGCACGGCUGACACGAUUGCCUUCACUGGCGAGGAGAAUAUACACUUCCCGGAUAUGAGAGGAUGGAUACUGCAGCAUCUGGGGGGCGUAGCAGAUAGGGGGGUUGUGGCAGAGGAGUCGGCUGAGAACAGACUAGUAGCAGAUAUACUGACUGUCCUCAAGCAGCUUGUACAGUAUGGUUACUAUGACGAUGCUGAUGACGUCAAUGAAAUAUUAGUCCCUCUCACUAAAGUACUCGAUGGUUUCAGAGACAAACCCUUCACAACCAACAGUAAGAAAACACUCGUUGUACUGGAAGCAGAGAAGGCGUUCGCCAGCACCGGCCGAUAUCAGGAAACAGAACAGAACAAACCAAUCUUUGAGAUUAAGAAAAAGGGUAUGGAAGUGGUGGACUUGUUCCUCAACUUCCGCUUCUAUAUCCGACUCCAACGCUUCAUCUAUGACUUCCGAGUGCUCCAAGAUUCCGUUGUGGAGGGGAGGAACGAUGUUGGCUCUGUGGUGAACCUGUUAGCACGUGUCCCUAAUAGUGACGAGACUGAUGCACCAUCUCUUGGACUAGAGCGUCUCUUGAGGCUCUCAGCUAAAGAGAUACUAGACAAUGACAACGCUAUCCUCGUUCAAUUGGCACGUGAUCGACUGACUUAUCUGUUCUCUCUGAGUGAGUACUACAUAGAGGAUGGUUGCCAUGGUGACAUCGGUCGUACCUUCCCGAUGCUGUUGCUAGACCUGGCAGAGUAUCGUCAUGACGACCUGAUACAGGAGAGUCUGGCGCUACUGAAUCGUUGCUAUUCUGCUGAGAUCACAUUAUUCCAGAAAGCUAUUCAGACCGAACUAUUAGUGACCCCAGAGUCACUGCGUGUGUGUGAGGAGAUACGCAUGGAGCUACCCAAUCUGAGGAGGAACAUGAGUAUUGAUGCUGGCAGUACUGAGAGGGCGUCCAUUAUUCGAACCCUCCGUCGCUUCACUCUGAUGUGCACACUGGGGGAGGAUGAAACACUCUCUCAUGCUCAGAACCAAAAGAUCCUCUAUAACUAUGGUGUCAUGUCGGACGUCAUCAAUUAUGUCAUCCACACAAGCAAGACGGUCUCCAUGGAGAUGGUAGAGUCAUCUGACAGCCCUAAACAUAAUACGUCACUGCGGAGCAACAGACGCACAAUGCGAGGGUUUGUGGGCACACCGGGUGGGGCAGACAUUCCUAGUGUGUUUGUGGAGUGCUUCAGAUUCCUCAAGGCUCUCACUAGGGACAAUAUCAUCGUCCAGAGAAGGAUCUAUGAUCGUAUGGGUGACCUGCUGGAGAUAGGGAUCGCAGUGCCGGCUAUAGGAGAGCUGCUCACACAGGUCUUCACUGGAGGGACUGAGAUAUGCCUCAAAGUCACUGAAGCACAAGUAGAGCGUUUGUUUGGCCUGAUAGCUCACCAGGGAGAAGAGGGCAGAGCUGAGCUCAUACUCACACUGCAGGCCAUGGCCAAGGUGGAGAGCCUGGACCUGCCAGUGAAACGUAACCAAGCGUUUAUUAUCAAGUACUUUAGCAAAACACGAGACAAGUUCUGUGACCAUAUUCUAGGAGAGGAUGAUGACCGCGUGGAGGAGAGGAGGAGGCUGCUGGCCAAGGCUGAGGACAGUGAUUAUGACCUAGCUUUGCUGCUGGCCAUGACAGACCUCCUAGCGUCAUGCUCAGAGGGAGAGAAUCUCUUCAUUGAGAGUGUGUGUCAGAAAGUGUUUACAGUGGAAGAACUGCUGUCCAUCCUCAACUCUCAAGACCUCACUAAUGAAAGGAAGAGACCAUUUGCACGAUUCCUAGUGUCUGUGUACAUGAGCACUGGAGGGGACAAGCAUUCGAGUGGUGCUGCUCUGCUCACACACUCAGAAGAGUUUUGGGGUUACUUGGAUACUGUUGGGGACAUGCUCAACAAUAUUGGAGUGGCCUUGAAAACACUGCCAGCAUCAGAAGUGGCCCUCGUGCGCCAGAGUAUGAGCUCUUCCUCACGACGUUACUCUGCUGGGAAGAGCCCUAAAGGCACACGUCAUGCACGCACAGAGUUACGCAACCUUGCUAAUGUCACUGGUGAAGAUGGGAGGUUACUACCAGACGUGCUCUUGUACUUGACUGACGGAAUGCUACCUCUUGUCAAGUGUUUCUACAACGACUUCUUUGAGCCGCACAAUCGUCCCCGGCAACUGGUUGUGACUAGCAAGGUCCUCACAGCUCUACUGACCUUAUGUGACCCCAUCACCCUCCACAUAUCAACAGAUGCUCACAUGAAACUCUACCGUCGCACUGUGCUCACGAUAUUGGCUCGUACUAAUGGCCUCCUACCAAUUACACCCUCUGAGGCCGCCAUUGCGACCUUUGACCUCCGCACGAAGCCUUGCAAGGCGUUUGAAACACCAGCUAUGAGUACUUAUAAGGACAUAUACGCAGUCGAGUUGGAACUAAACAAAUCGUUCAAUAGCUUUGUGAGCAACUAUCAGCUCUCGUAUGAAGGUCAAAAUGACGCUAGGGUUCAAGUGGGGUCAAAGUACGAGGGUCCAUAUAGCGAUUACCUCGACAAAGAGCACCAGUUGCCAGGUGACGAGUGGUUACCCCUCGGACCAUCCUUCCAAGCACACGUUGCUCUGUUCGUCGGAUCCAAUGGUGAGGUAUCUCCCAGCGUAGAGCGGUUGCUACGGCAACUAGAGAUCUCCUUCAACGGGCUAGGCAGUCUGAGUGAGAAGGAACGAGAGAGACAGGACCAACUGGACAUCAAGUGUCUCCAGAUCAUGAGAGCCAUCAUACACAACGAAGUGGUUCAUAUAGACUCUCAGCUAAUGGAAGAUUCUCCCCCUGAUUACCACAAGAGGUGUGGGGUCAGAGUUCACCCCUUACAGAAUGCUAUACAGAACAUGGACAACGCUGUGUCGCGUGUUGUUCCCAUGCUAUCCCAUCCGAAUGACGCCAUUGUCCGUGAAGUACUCGCCUUCCUCAAGACAAUCUUCUUCUCAGGCAACCCUCAUGUACAGAAGGGUAUGAAGCACCUGUUGGACACACGAGAGGAGAGGUUGUUCUCAACCAUCCAGAGCUUGCUACAAAACGCUGCCAUCACCUUCAAUGAGCGGAGGGCUUUAGUGACCCAAAUGGAUAAUCGGAUUAUGGAAAACCAGUUCCUGCAAACUGACGCUAGUUCUCUAUUGAUCUCGUCCGCUGUCACGCCCACUUAUCAGGGCCUCCGCCCACGCAAGCUGACGACUGCCGUUACCAUAGAGAUGGACGAUGAUGCGUUCGACUCCAUAGUGGCAUUCAAGCCCCUCGCCCGUCCCACCCCCUUCUUACCAGAUGAACCCGACGAACCCUUGAUAGUCAGAACUGCAGACCACACCCCCAAACAUGAAGACCACGCCCCCAAACGUGCUCGGAGCUCCUCAAAAGCAGUCAGUGAAGUGUUUGAGCUCAAGGCUCUGUCCACUCUUAAGGAUGGGACAAUACAGGCCACACAGGGCCCUGUUGACCAGGACACUGUUGAUCUGUUAGUAUUCAGAGACACACAUCACGUGAAGCUAGCCUUGAAAGUCCUGGGGCUUAUGUGCGAUGGACAAUAUCGUCUCAUGCAGAACUAUCUCAGAGAACAGAAGGAUAAUAUAGUGACCAUUAAUGUGGUCGGGGAAGUGGCUCUGUUCCUCCAGCACUUCUACUCUGACAUCACAGCUGAGACCAUGGACCUUGUGCACCUCAUCCUCCAGACACUCAUUGAGAUGUGUGUUGGCAACUACCCCAAUCAAGUGGUUCUGCACAACAGGCAAAUAGUGGAGGCACUCAAUCAUAUACUGGCCAUUGACAUUGCUGACCCCCAGAGGUCAGACAACAGGAUUAUCGAUGGUAUCAAGUUGAAGGGUUCAGCUAUAGAGCUACUUGAGACCAUGCUUGAGGAGACCAACACUAAGACCAAGGAGUUGGUGACGGAAGUACAUGGCAACCUGGACAUUGGUGCUCUACACGACACACUAUGUGACUUCAGGACCCUCAUGGACAACCCCAUAGUCAAGGAGGCACAGUUUGAUGAUGACGCUGAGGCUGGUCUCUUUAGGACAUACCAUGUUCUGGUUCACUUCACACAUUACGGUGUUGACACUAAAGCCGUGGAGCCAGACAGUGUGGAUGGUCCACUGGGAGACGCGUGGAGCUACUGCAAAAGGCAGUCCAAAUCUGUGGAGCUAUUCUACAAGAAUAUGGACGGAGACAAGAUUCUUACAAGAGUCCACUUUCCCUUUGACCCUGCUCAUGAGCUACGAGACGAGGUGAUUGAGAAUGUGAAAUGGAAUGUGAAUCGCGACUCUCCCGAGGACAAACUGAGGGACUUCCUGGAGUGGAUGAAGGCAGUCAAGCGUGACACUAGACACCAGAAACGCUUGCACAGGUUCAUACCAACCAGGAUACUGACCUCCUAUCCUGAGGCACGUCACUACCUGCUUAUCGUGUGGUCUGUUCUGAUGAAUAUUCUACUCCUCAUGUCCUUUGCACUCCCCAAGGACGGCCCGGAUCCCUACGACUUGGACGCCCCCAACAACACUAUCUACUCCUUUGCCAACACGGCUGGGGCUAUGGAACCUUUGACCCUGGACUAUAUGAUGGUGAAUGGUGUGAAUGUGUUUAAGAUCCUGUUAUACGUGGGCGGGGGAAUACACCUCGUCAUGACACUCUGGUUUGUGCUCGAGUAUUUCGUCACAAACUGGCCAAACUUUAAACUACCAAAACUCUAUUAUCGAAUACUUGAACAUUGGCGCCCACCCCCUGAGGAGCUGUAUUCCGAUGUACCAGUGCUUGGCUUGAUGACGGUGUAUGUGGUGAUAUUCCUGCUGUGCUCGGUCCUCUCCCUCGCCUUCCAUGGAUACUUUUACUGUAUCUGUCUACUCCACGUCAUUGUCAAUAAUGACAUCCUCCAGAGAGUGCUUAAAUCCAUCACCAAGAAUGGUGCUGCUCUUAUCUGGGUGGCUAUAUUGGGGUUGAUCAUACUCUUCAUAUACGCUGUGGUCUCCUUUGCUUUCCUGUCCGAGGCUUUCCGCGCUCAGAACAACAGCGAUGGAGACCUCUUCUGUGACACACUGUACGAGUGCUUUGUCUCCACCAUACGCUAUGGUCUCCUGGAGAAUCUGGGCCUAAUUGUGCCAUUAGUGCCCACUAUAUUCGAGGUGUCAGCUCUCCGACUAUUGUACGACGUGUCGUUCUUUAUUAUCAUUACGACGAUUGGUCUCAAUAUUGUGUUUGGUAUCAUCGUGGAUACUUUCUCUGAGCUCCGAGAUGAGCGGUUCCGCACUGAGCAAGACAAGAAAGCGGUGUGCUUUAUUUGUGGUCUGCCUAGUCAUGAGUUUGAGCGACGUGCCCAAGGCUUUGAUCAUCACGUCAAGCAUGACCACAACAUGUGGACCUAUAUCUAUUACUCUCUGUAUCUGGACCAGAUCAACACGAGUGACCACAACGCUAUUCAGAGCUUUGUAUACAGCAAGAUUCGUGAGGGUCAGUUGGACUUCUUCCCUCUGUUGGAUGCUCUGGCUCUAGAGACGGAGGAUGAUCAAACAUCCGCUCAACUGGAGGAGCUGAGGGAAAUGGUCAACAGUGUCCUCAAGAGAUUCAAGAAAGAGGACCAUGAUAAGUCACGAAGCAGCAAGCUAGCUGAUCAGAGACAGUGGGAGGAAAUGCACUUGAGGAAGGAUCCAUCAUUUGAUGACUCAAGCCGACGCCCAUCUGCCCGCCCACUCUUGUCCGAGGCCUCUAUUGGGGAGGACGGACAAUAGAGACAAUGAACUAUUUUAGUUUGAAUCAAUGAUUAUUUUUAGUUGCUAUUAGUUGCUAGUUUUUUUGCUGUGAAUAUUAGUUGACAAGAAUUUAAUAUUAAA